AUGCUUCUGAUGUGUACAGAUGAGGAAAUUACGGCAAUGACGGAAUUUCUCAAUGAAGAAAUUGAAAGUAUUAAAAUUAUUCAAUUAGUAGCACUGAAUAUGACGAAGGAUGAGCGAAAUUUUGUAAAUCGAAUGGAAAAUAUUAACAAUUUGGCAUCACUUCGAGACUUUUAUCUCAACAAAUACAAUAUGCUACGAAGAUCGUACAAUAAAGUUUGGAAUAAAUUCUUAAAUAGUAAUUUGAAAGCGAAUAUUGCAUAUUUCCUGAAUGCAUUAACACCAAACGAUAACAAUCAACUGAGAGCUUACGGUAUGCUAUCAGAAGAAGAUAAGCUUGUCGCAUUUAUUAACGAGAAGAUUGCCGUAACGAAUUUUACUAGCAUCGAUAAACGUGAAGUUGAGCACUAUUUAAAAGAGGAUGGCCGCGCUAGUUCGGAAUCGGAAAUGCUGCGUUUCAAACGUGAAGGUACAGCAGCUUCUUCAUUUCUAUUUUCCAUUGCAGGUAAUUCGCUGCAAAAUAAAUUAGAAGCAAAUACGAAUUAG